AUGGAGUCUAAAAAUAGCUCAGAAGCAGACGAGAACGGUGUCCAAGAUGGCGUCAAAGUUUAUAAAAGACGCUGGCUAAUGUUAGGAUUAUUUAGUGUCUAUUCGUUUAUCAACGGAUAUCAAUGGAUACAUUUAAGCAUCAUAGGAAAUAUAAUAGAGAGGUAUUAUAAUGAAAGUUUACCGUCUGAUGAAUUCCAUCGUCAGACUACAAUUGACUGGUUAGCUACAUCUUAUCUAGCUAUUUAUGUUCCUUUGAUAAUACCUGGAAUAUGGUUAUUAAAUAAAUAUGGUUUAAAAGUGAAUAUAUUACUCGGAGCUGUUAUUAAUGCUCUUGGAGCCUGGAUUAAAUGUAUUGGACUGGCUCCCGACAGAUUUUAUCUUGUUAUGAUUGGACAAUGGUUCUGUGCUAUUUGUGAUGCUUUCGUUGUCAGUUUUCCACCAUUUUUAUCUGCUGUAUGGUUUGGACCAAAUGAACUAUCCACUGCCACUGCUAUCGGGGUUUUUGGAAACCAGUUAGGAAUUGCUGUAGGAUUUCUACUGCCACCAGUAAUGGUACCUAAUUCACCAGAUAUAGCUGAAGUAAGACAGGGACUAGAGAUCAUGUACUAUAGUUGUGCUGCUUGUAGUACACUAAUUGUUCUACUGAUUAUUAUCUUUUUUAAGAAAGAACCAUCCAUUCCACCAAGCCAUGCACAACUUUAUCUAAAAGAGAAAACUGAAGAUUAUCAUUAUGGACGAUCAUUAAAGGAAUUAUUCAAGCAGCCGUCCUUCGAUCUAUUGGCUAUUAGUUACGGCAUAAUUACAGGUGUAUAUUAUGCUAUAUCUACUUUAUUGAAUUAUAUAGUUCUAGAUUACUAUCCGGGAGAAGAGGUGAAUGCUGGAAGAAUUGGUCUUGUCAUUGUCCUAGCUGGAAUUGUAGCUUCCAUUAUGGCAGGUAUCUGGUUGGAUAAAACCAAAACAUACAAGGGUACAUCGGUGUUUAUUUACGUAUCUACGGUUAUUGGUAUGUUUAUUUUUACCUAUACGAUGGACCACACUAAGAUUUGGGUAGUGUUUAUUACUGCUGGUAUUCUGGGAUUUUUUAUGACGGGUUAUCUUCCUGUUGGUUAUGAAUUCGCUGCGGAGAUAACAUACCCGGAACCGGAAGCUACAUCAGCUGGUAUUUUAACUGCAAGUGCGAUGUUUUUUGGUAUGGUAUUCACUAUCAUAAUAAGGAAUAUAAUGCUAAGAUUUAGUGUUCAGAUUGGGAACAUUGUGAUGGGAUCUAUACUGGUAUUAGGUGCUAUCAUGACCAUUUGUGUACGAGGUGUUUAUUUGAGACAACGAGCAGAACUUACAGAAGUUAAAGAUGUAGUGAUCGGUGAAAACGAACCAUACCAGGAAAUAAAUAGUGAAAAGGCAUUAAUAGGACAAAACUUAAUUCAGAAAUAAAUACUCAAUAU